GCUCGUCAGGCGCCUGCGCGGGGUCCUUCAUGGGAAAGGCGUCAAGAUGGCGGCCGCGCGGCGUCUGGGGGCGGCGCUGGGGGGCCGCUUUUGUCACUUGGGAUUAAGGAGUACAAAUGUAUCAAUUAAACAACAAUACCGUUUUGUUACCCCACACAAAGCCUUCCUGUUUCCUGCAGUGCCACAGAUGUCAGUGAGGUCUCUAUUUAUUCAGACACAGGACACUCCAAAUCCCAACAGUUUAAAGUUUAUUCCAGGAAAACCAGUCCUGGAGUCCAGAACGAUGGAAUUCCUGUCUCCUGCUUCCACCUACUGCUCUCCGUUAGCAAGGCAGCUCUUUCGGAUUGAAGGCGUUAAAAGCGUAUUUUUCGGAACAGACUUCAUUACUGUCACAAAGGAAAGUGAGGACGUGGACUGGAACUUAAUAAAGCCCGAUAUCUAUGCAACUAUUAUGGACUUCUAUGCUUCGGGCUUGCCCAUUGUUACAGAAGAGGUUCCUCGUACAGACACAGCCCCAUCUGAAGAAGACGAUGAAGUUGUAUUAAUGAUAAAAGAACUAUUGGAUACCAGAAUCAGGCCAACAGUGCAGGAGGAUGGGGGAGACGUCAUCUUUAAGGGCUUUGAAGACGGGAUUGUGCAGUUGAAGCUGCAGGGUUCGUGCACCAGCUGCCCCAGUUCCAUCGUCACUUUAAAGAGUGGGAUACAAAACAUGCUGCAAUUCUAUAUCCCAGAGGUGGAAGGCGUGGAACAGGUGGUGGAUGAUAAUGAGGAAAAAGAAGUGAAGUCAACCUGAAUCAGGGAAGAGCCCCGGACUGUGGGCAGAAAUUAUGUGCCAUGGUGGGUUUGUCUAUAUUGGCCCAAAUGCAGUUUCUUUAUUGGGCCAAUUCUGGUUUUGUUUCACUGUGUAAGAAAACAAGCAAAUAGGAAGAGUGUGGCCCGUCUUUGCUUUACAUCAGGGUCUCCAACCUUGGCAACUUGAAGCCUGGUGGACUUCAACUCUGAGAAUUCCCCAGCCAGCAAAGCAUGGCAAAGUUGCCAAGGUUGGAGACCCCCUGCUUUACAUGAACAAAAAGAAGAAAGCACACAGAAUAGGCAUGUUCCCAACAGUUUCUAAAAUAUAUGCUUCCUCCCUUGGAUUCAAAUAUUUUCUGAAGUAUCUCCAAUUAUCUUCCUGAAUAUCAGUUAUCUAUUUAUUUGGCAGGCUCUCUCACUUGCUGGAGAUGAUUUGGUCAUGGAGGAAUUCCUUUAAAUAAAAACCUUUUCUCCAGCUACUUAGAUUCCAAAAAUAAUUUUUUAAUUGCGCUCUUCUCAGGAGGCUUAAAUUUGUAGUUUUCCUUUUUUUUAAAAAAAUGCCCAUGGGUUUAAUGAAAUGUCCAUAAUGCCACUGUCAUCUACCUUAUUUGCAUAGAAACUAUCUGAUAAUACUUUGUUCCAAAAUUCAGCAGACUUCACUAUCCUUCUUGGUGAUCUCAACGGAGCCAAACGUUCUUUUUACAGUCAGACUAGAUUUUUUUUUCCCUUGGAGCCUGAGCACACUUACUGAGCACACUGCUUUGGAUGCAGAAUGAUGAUCUCACGUGUGAAGUUGAACUUGUCCAGAAAAACGUCUUGAAUCUGUGGUGCAAAGGAAUCCAUUUGCGAGUGCUGCUUGGUUGCUGCUAAGGUGUUCAUAGAUGCUGCGAUUGUAAGGAAAUAAUUGAAGGGUGUCGUGGGUCCAGUAAAGUCCAUCAAGUGCAGUUUUGGAGGAACACGUCAACCGAGGAGCAGCUAGGGGUCUCUAAAGAUGAGACCCUUUCUGCAGGACACUAUAAAAAUGGCUCAGCCUGAGGGGGAUAGGCGUGUAGCUUUUGAGGAAGGGCCUUCCCUUCCUUCUUCAGAGCCAUCCUCAAAGACAGCAAGAAGUCUUGGGGAAUGGUGGGAGCCAUUGAGGAGAUAGGCUGACCCAUCCAUUGCUCAAUUAGGGCUUUGAAAGAGACACAGCAAGGUUUUAUGUGCUUCUUCCACCUGUUUCUGGAAAAUAAAAGGACAAUAUUGCUCAAACCUGGGGUGAAGUAGCUCUUUUCCUUGCAAAGCCUAGCAGCUGAGACAUGCCCCUCCUUAUAAGGUGACAUUCCAUUGAGUCCUGGAAAUUUGAGACGGCUGAUUUCAAAGCUUUAAAAUCAGUUUAAAGUAAAGCAAUUGUGAAUGUGGCCAUUCUAGAACUUUGCCUGUGCAUUGUGAAUAAAGACGCUUUGUGGCUCAAA